GGCACUCCAUUGGCUGCUCAGCGAAGCCCGGUCUCCGGGUAAGAUGGCAGCGGACGGGCAGUGCUCGCUCCCCGCUUCAUGGCGGCCGGUCACCCUUACCCACGUCGAAUAUCCUGCAGGUGAUCUCUCUGGCCACCUCCUUGCCUACCUGAGCCUCAGCCCCCUAUUUGUCAUUGUCGGUUUCGUGACCCUCAUCAUAUUCAAGAGGGAGCUGCACACGAUCUCGUUCCUCGGGGGCCUGGCCGUGAACGAGGGGGUCAACUGGCUGCUUAAACACGUCAUCCAGGAGCCGCGGCCCUGUGGAGACCCCCACGCGGCAGUGGGCACCAAGUACGGGAUGCCCUCCAGUCAUUCCCAGUUUAUGUGGUUUUUCUCCGUCUAUUCCUUUCUUUUCCUGUAUUUAAGAAUGCACCAGACGAACAACGCCAGGUUCCUGGACUUGCUGUGGAGGCACGUGCUGUCCCUGGCUCUCCUCACUGCAGCCCUCCUAGUCUCCUACAGCAGGGUCUACCUGCUGUAUCACACCUGGAGCCAGGUGCUCUACGGGGGCGUCGCCGGAAGCCUCAUGGCCGUCGCUUGGUUCGCCUUCACUCAGGAGGUCCUCACCCCUCUGUUCCCCAGAAUAGCAUCCUGGCCUAUCUCUGAGUUCUUCCUAAUCCGAGACACGAGCCUCAUUCCCAACGUGCUCUGGUUCGAGUACACAGUAACCCGGGCUGAAGCCAGGAACAGACAACGCAAGCUGGGGACGAAACUGCAGUGACUGGUGAACGAGGCUGGGUCUGGCCUCCAGGUCUGGCCUGCGGGACGCCUUGCAGGACGGACAGAAUGACAGAGGGACGAAGCAGAGACCUCUACAGACCAAGUCACCAAGUGGAGCCUUUUCUUUUCUUAUUUUUAUUUUAAUGAACAAGGUGGCCCGAUGGGCUGAGCCAGCCCCUCAGCCGGGACCCUGGAGGGCCUGCUGCCGGGGGUGCCGGGGGCCGCGUGGCCGGAGACCCUCGGUGUGCUGCUGCAGCCCCCGGCCGGGCAGGAGGUGCCCGCGGUGUGGGCGCUGGGUGUGGGGUAGUGGAGAAGGGCUCAUACCUGUGCUCGCGGGGCCGGGGAGUCCAGGUGGCGUGAAAAAUACACACUAUUUAUUUUUGGUUUUGUUAACGGCAGACGGGAUUUCAGAGACAGGGCCGCAAGAGCCUGCUUUGCUGUGGCUGCCCCAAGUCCCAAGGGGCCUGGGCCCUUGGCCUCUUCCUGGGCCUGAAAGGUGGCCCUGGGGGCCCAGGACAGGGGAGUGCGCCGUGCCCUCCCCGCCGCCAUUGCCAUUCCAGAGCCUCAGUCAGUGUUUCCCGGUCUGGGGGGCCAGGGGCCAGGGCCCAGGGAGCGCGGCCUCCGGCGGCUGCUGUCAUGGCGUCCUGCCCCGAGCCGACCCCGCACCACAAGGGCUUUCUCUGGUCCCUUUCUGACAAAGGAGCCUGCACACGUGGGUGAGCGAGCCCAGGCUGUUUACAGCUCUUUCUGGUCCUGCCGUCUGGGAGCAGUCCGCUUUCAUCUCCACGAGGACAAAAUGCACGGGAGCCGGGAGCUGGGAGCCGGGGUGGGGGGCGGGCAGUGGGUGCCUGACAUCCCCGGCCUGCCCUUCCCCCUUCGCUCCCCACAGUCCUUGUCCUUCCCGGCCCUCUCCGAGGGGCUGGGAACUUGCCUGUGUUUGGGGUGGGGCGCACAGACCCCGCCGUCCAGCCCGGGAUGGUCCCUCCUGCAGGGACUGGAUCUCUGAGUCUCCCUGAGAUGGAGUCGUGGGGUGGGCCUGCCUCCAGGCUCUUGGAAGUUUCUGGAACUGACCCAGGCUGCUCCGGCGGGACCUGUGUUCGAACCCCGCCCCUCCCUUUCUUUGUGGAGGUCCCUAACCUGCUGCUGAAGCACAAUGUUUGGGUGCUUUCUUUUUUCCUUCGUUGAAGACAGUGUCCAAAAGCCAUUCCAGGUGCCAGGACCAGGGGCCUGUUUCUGGGGAAGGUUGGGCAGUCCCCACAUUUCCUCCCCCUCCUCUUUCCUCCUUAUUUUGUACGUUUUGCCUGAGACAAGCCAAGCGUGAGAUGGUUGAAGAAAAAUCAAUGAAAUUGUUUACUAUUGUUUUAAAAUAAAAUCUUGAACUCUG